CUAUGGAGGAGAGGAGGACAAGAACGGUGAUGAAGAUGCUACAAUCCGUUGCCUCGGAACCGAAUAAUGAUUAUAAAAAGAAUAUGGAGUUAUUUUGAAGCGUAAUUAACCCACCCAUCCUGCUCUGCUCUGUUCGGGACGAUGAUGGCGUCCCAGUGCACGGAGCAAGCCGUGCAGGAGUUCCUGAUGGAGAGAGGAGGGAGGGUCCAACAGAUGGAGCUGAUCGAUCAUUUCCUAUCAAUUUGGGGGGAGAAUGACCCGUCGAAGGAAGGGGUGGAUCGUGAGGUGCUGAAACGUAUCGUGGAUAACGUGGGUUUCGUGCAGGUGGAAAACGGUGUGAAAUUUGUGUGUUUGAACACAACGGAAUCGGUGAUGCGUGGGGACACAGACGGCCACGAUCACGCGGAGUGCAACGGGAAUCUCCAGGAGACACUGGACAACAACUAUGUCAACAACAGCAUUGGCAACGAAGGCCAAACAGGAACAUCCAUACCAUCAGCUGCCAGCCUGGACAAUGACAAGCAGUCUAAUGGCAAUGAACAGCCUGCAGCCCCCUCUCAGGUUAGUAGAAGCAACACCUCAACUCCUACUUCUGGUGGAGGAGAGGUGAAGCUGAGAGACAAGAGGAGGCGAGAGUCAGCCCCAUUGAUCGGGGUUUCAGAUAUGGACCAGGCACACCCGGCGGGAUCCCACAGUCAGCAGGUGAGAGGGUCACGCAGGGUGUCCAAAGGGUCCCAGCGAGCCAUGCUGAUAAGCUGCCUAUCUGAAGACAGCCCCUUUGAUGGGCUUGACCAUAUCGGAGAUAUCAACACACCUAAGGGGAGUCGGAGGAACUUCAUAGAGCUGAUGAUGAGCAGUUCUCCCCAGGUGCGAAGGUCUCUGAUUAACCGUGGCACACGCCUGCGGGACUCAGUGAGGAGUGAUGGAGACUCGACUUCAAUCCUCUCCUCGAACACCGAUGAGGACUGUGCCUCCGUGACACUGGACCCACUGGAGCACGAGUGGAUGCUGUGCGCCUCAGAUGGCCUUUGGGAAAGCCUGCAGCCACUGCUUACUGUAGAGCCCAGCCUGGUGACCAAAAGAGACUUUGUGACGGGCUUCACCUGCCUCCACUGGGCAGCUAAACAGGGCAAAGCCGAGCUGAUCUCCCAGCUGCUGGAGUUUGCCAAGGAAAACUCUAUCCCUGUUAAUGUGAAUGUGAGAUCGAGUGCUGGAUACACACCACUGCACCUGGCAGCUAUGCAUGGACACACACAGGUGGUUCGAGUGCUGUUGUCAGACUGGGAGGCGGACCCCGAAGCUCGAGACUACAGUGGGAGGCGUGCCAUCCAGUACCUUCCUCCUCCCCUGGCUGCUGACCUGCAGGAGGAGGGAGUGGUCACCUCACCGGGGCCUGAGUCAGACAGUGAGAAUACCAACAGUGGCAGCAGUGGAGGGCGUGGCUGGCGGUUUCCCAGAGUUCUUCAGGGCAAUCUGAACCCGCUACGGCUCCUAAACCCGCCUGCUGAGGCAGCAGAGGAAUCAGGUGCCACAGAGAAGACCAAGGGAGGAAUGCAGAGGAAGUCAUCUCUGGGCCGGCUUAACGCCCGGCUGCAUCGCGGACGCCACCGAGCCCAGAUCAUUCACAGUGCCUCCUUCAGGGACACGGGGGAGGUUGGAAGAGGAGAGGACCUCCCAAGCAGCCCUCUGCGAACACGACCACUGUCCAACCUGUUUGGAUGAAAUUAUACAACUUGGAAUCAGCAAUACAGACAUAAACCAGCACAGAUUUCUAAAACUCACUUCACUUGUAUUAAUAACCUGACAGGUCAGGCAUUUUUUACUUAGAUUCAUAAGUUACAUCUUAAUAUAUAAUGUUAAUUUUAAAGUUAUAUUAAUGAAGAAUUUUACAUGAAAUUAACCUCAGUUGUACUGUAUGUUUGCUGACAAAUCUAACUUAUUUUUGUUCUCAUUGCAGUUAUUAGGUUUAUGUUAAUGGCAGGUAGCAUUUUAUUUGCACAAUAAUUCCCUGAGUUAAAUCUAAAGUGCAGCUGUGUGAAUUAAAGUUGGUGUUAUUUUCUACUGUACUUAAGGUUGUGUUUUAGAGCAGGUAGCAACUUUUCCUUUGGUCAUUCUGUACUAACUUUCCACUUCCUCACACUAGAACAAAGUUUACACAACAGUAGGCUGUUUCAGAAUAAAUUCAUACAAUCAUAGGACUAACUGUCUAUACUUCAACCUUCUUUGAUUGAAUGGUGCUGAUUUUUGUAAUCCACAGCUGUAAUGUGAAUGAAUCUUUUUUUUCCUUAGUAGCAGUUUUAAGUAUUGAAGAUGUUUUUACCACAGACAUUUUGUACAUCUUAACCACCGUGUAGCUGUCAUGCUUGCACUUGUCACUUUGAAGAUAAUUUUUGAAUGUGAGAGGAAACUGCUCCAGCUAAAACCAUGUCCCCUGUCAUUGGUCCAUGUCUUACUUAAAGUCCCUGUAAAGUGAUAAAAUAAAAAUCUGUACUUCAGGUUUGAUAAAUGACAGGCCAGAAUUCAGUCGUGGAACAUAUUUCCAAGUUUUAUCAAAUUUAGCUUCAAAAUCCUGAAAAAUGAGGCAGUAGAAUCUGUUCUAGGAUGUUGUGGGCGUGUCUGUAAAAUGAGCUGAAGCCACACCCACUCACAAGAAAUAUGAUCCUCUCAAAUUUUAGAAAAUGCUUCUGAUUGGAGCACAGCUGCCUGGCUCUGUGCCAGAGCAGAGAAACAGAAGUUGAGGAUUAAAUUUACUGUUUUCUGGCACAAAUCUCUCAAAAAUAUGAUACACUUACAGAUUUUGGAAGUUUACCUCAUAAUGAUCAAAAUCACACCAUGUAGCUGGCUGUUGACUUUCAACAAAAAACUGUGACAUUGGCUAACAACAGACUGUAUUGAGAUGAACUGCUAGUUGAUUUUAUAUCGUUGUAGCGUUCGGGUGGCAGGAUAAUUCCCUAAAGCGACCAGUGAUGUCACACACUCCUAUAUUUACUGUGCUUUAAUAAAAGCAAGCCAGGAAAGCAUUGAACAACUUUCUGUCUAAAUAAAAAGUUCAGACACACAUAAAUCUCAGUGUUUUCACAUGUUUAUGGCAACCUUAUUCUAACAUAUCUAGCGUGUUAAGACACAAAGUUUGGAUUUCACUUUACAGGGACUUUAAAUGUUGAUAUUGUACACAUGAUGUAAAAGGUUGAACAUUUUUACACCUUUAGCUUUAUAAAAAACUGUAAAUUUUGCAGUCAGAAUGAGACUAUUAGGGAUUUCUCUGUAUUUUUGUCUUUUGAUGCCAAAAGAACCUGAAGUGUUGACAAAAGAAAGGCAGGCUUCCUGACAUGCAUACCUUUGCAAAGAUCAUAAACACAUUAUGACCCUUUUUAUAAGGUAGAAGUAUAUAGAAGAUUUAAGUUCAUCUACUGUUCUCUUUGGAUUAUAAUGUACCUCAAAUCCUCUGACUUCUUACAGGAGUUUAUGUGAUCUGGGCCUAUAACAGCAAUUUGCAGCUAUUUUGUACAAAUCCUUCAUUUGUAAAAAUCUGUUUACAAUUUUCAUCUGAAAGUUUGAAACCAAGUAAUCAGAGAGAUUAACCAUAUCAUGCAGAAUCAGCACAUUUCACAAUCAAACAGGAAUUUAGGUCAGUUUAACCUCAUUCCAUAGAAGUCUAAAAAGUCUAGCUUCAAUUAGUCUGACAGUAAGUGUGCAAUCCAUCUUAACUCUGGACCAGAUUUUGUAAUUAAUUAAUAAAUCACCUCUUUGGUCUCUUGUAUUAUAACCUUGCAUGUACACAAUCAUCAGCUUACAUUUGUGCAUCAUCUAUGGAUUGUUAAGAGUUUAGAUCAAAACAUGCUGUAUGAUUAGAUGACAGGCGCUCUGACUUUUGACUGUUUUCCCAAAUAUGUGAAUUGUACCUACAUCUGACUAUUGGCUCAAUUACAUUGUACAUUUGAUGAAUGUUCCCUUAUUAUCUUGUAGCUUUUUCCCUGAAUAAUAGGGUCCCAUUGAUUUAUGAUUAACUUUGAUGUAGAAAUAUAUUGUGCAAAUUUUUAAUUCAUUUUCCAGGCGCAUGAGAAGGGGAUUUUGAAAUG